AUGGCUGGAAGAGUUUCCCCAAGCCUGGGCAGAAACUGGAGGAAUUGGGUUGGCAAAACACCGACCACCCAUUAUUGUGGACUUAAAACCCUCUGCCACACCGGUAAGAGUCCGACAGUAUCCCAUGCCCAGGGAAGCCCGGGAAGGCAUACAGCCCCAUAUCCAGCAGCUGUUACGGGAAAGGGUACUAAAGAGGUGCCGGUCUGCAUGGAAUACACCUCUCCUCCCAGUAAAGAAACAGGGGGAGAGUACCGACCAGUGCAGGAUCUGAGAGAGGUAAAUCGCCGAGUUGAAGACAUACAUCCCACAGUCCCUAACCCUUAUACGCUGCUCAGCAAUCUUCCCCCAGAUCAUGUGUGGUAUACUACCCUGGACUUGAAAGAUGCUUUCUUUAGCCUUCCCCUAGCCCCGCAAAGCCAAGACAUUUUUGCCUUCGAAUGGGUUGACGAGACGGACAAAAUCCUCGGCCAGCUGACCUGGACAAGAUUGGUCCAGGGGUUCAAGCACUCGUCCACUUUGUUUAACGAAGCCUUGAGUGACGAUCUCCAUGAGUACCGGGGCCAAAACCCGCAAAUAACCUUACUACAAUAUGUAGAUGACUUGUUAAUCGCAGCCCCCAACCGGGUAGGGUGCCUCGAAGCAACCAGGAAACUGCUCACCACUCUGGGGGAGCUGGGAUAUCGAGCUAGUGCCAAGAAAGCUCAGAUAGCUAAGCCAGAAGUCACAUAUUUGGGGUAUAAGUUAAGAGCUGGGCAGAGGUGGCUCACUGAGGCCAUGAAACAGACGAUCCUACAAAUUCCCCAACCCACAAGCCCGAGGCAGAUGAGAGAAUUUUGGGGAACAGUAGGUUAUUGUUGGCUGUGGAUUUUAGAUUUUGCCACAAAAGCGAAGUCACUCUAUGAGCUCAGCAGGGAAGGGUCAGAGUGGGACUGGACUCCCGAGAGGGAUUCAGCUUUUAAAGAACUUAAGGAGGCACUCCUUAAAGCCCCAGCACUGACAUUGCCUGACCCCACAAAACCAUUUCAUCUGUUUGUUGAUGAGAAAAGAGGAAUAGCCAAGGGAGUCCUAACACAACAACAGGGGCCAUGGAAGAGACCAGUAGCAUACCACUCAAAGAAAUUGGAUCUAGUAGCGGCAGGAUGGCCCCCUUGCCUGAGGAUUAUUGCUGCCACCGCUCUGCUAAUUAAAGAUGCAGAUAAGUUAACCCAUGGACAGACUUUGAAAGUAACCACUCCCCAUGCCAUUGAAGGAGUGCUCAAACAGCCUCCGGGGAAAUGGAUAACCAAUGCCAGAUUGACUUAUUAUCAGAGUCUAUUACUUGACACUCCAAGAGCACAAUUUUUAGCCCCAACAGCCUUAAACCCUGCCACCCUGCUGCCUAACCCUGACCUAGAUAAACCCCUGCACGACUGCUCAGAGAUACUCGCAGAGGUAAAUACGGUCAGAAAGGACUUGCGAGACUGCCCGCGGGAAAACAGUGACUUCAUCUGGUGCAUGGAUGGAAGCAGUUUCGUACAGGAUAGACUAAGGUGUGCGGGUGCCACGGUGGUAAACGACCGGGAGGAAAUUAUUUGGGCCGGUGCUUUACCGCCAGGAACUUCUGCUCAGAAAGCUGAACUUAUCGCCCUGGCAGAAGCAUUAGAAAGGGCAGAGGGAAAGAGGCUGAUGGUCUAUACAGACAGUCGUUACUCGUAUGCGACUCUUCAUAUACAUGGCGCCAUCUACCGGGAGCUUGGGUUCAGAAAUGCAGAAGGAAGAGAAAUAAAGAACCAGGCAGAAAUUCUUUGCUUGUUAUCAGCUGUGACCCGGCCGCAAAUGGUAGCGGUGGUCCACACCCCAGGGCAUCAGAGAGGACACUCCCUUGAAGCAAGAGGCAACCGAGCAGCGGACCAGGCAGCUAAGAAAGCGGCCCUCCAAACGGUAGGAACUUUAAUAACUAACUUACCUUGCCCGCAACUGGAACCCCUGCUUCCUACUCCCAGCUAUUCCGGAGAAGACGUCCAGUGGGUUGAGAAAUCACCACAGAUAGAAAAAGAUCAGAAUGGAUGGUAUAUGGACUCAGAAGAAAAACUGAUUCUCCCAGAAGAACUGGGACGGCACCUUCUCACACACCUCCACCAAGUGACUCACUUAGGGGAACGGAAAAUGUUGGAGUUAUUGAACAAAGGGCAGAUCCGUAUGCCCCAUCAGAAGCAAACGGCUCAGAGUGUGGUGGACCGGUGCCGGGCCUGUCAGGUCAUGAAAGUAGAGAAGAGGAAGAACACACACGCAGGAAAAUGUAAAGAAUGUGACUGGAUAAAAGUCUCGUUCACUGAACAGGGGAAGAAGGAAUUAGCUAAGUGGAAAUCUGGGCUUACUUGGGGUCUCCAAAUUUGGUAUAGGGGAUAUCCCUCUGGGAUGAUAACCAUUGUACAGGAAAUAGAACCCUUAGAUACCGGGUCAGUGGGUCCAAAUGAAGUGUUAAACCCCCCGGAAAAAGGAACCCUACCCCCUACAAGAAAGACGGUGAAAGAACCAAGCACUGUAACUCCUGAUGUUACAGACCCUCUUUGGAAUUUAAUGCUAGCAGCCUACCAAACACUUAACCGUACUAGUCCUAACCUGACUCAUACCUGUUGGCUUUGUUACGAUGCAAAACCUCCGUUUUAUGAAGCAAUAGGCAUUAACACCUCUUUCAGCUAUUCUCAUGACCUGAACCCAAAGAAUUGCUCUUGGAAAGACCAUAAGGUAGGAAUUACUAUACAACGUGUAACAGGAAAGGGCUUAUGCGUGGGGAAGCCCCCCAAUGCCCAAGAGCGUUGCACCUCAUAUACUGAAAUAAACCCGUCCUUUAAUUGGAUUAUUCUCAGGGAAGGGGGUUGGUGGCUUUGCUCGAAAGCUGGACUUUUACCCUGUUUAAACUUGAAAGUACUUAAUCUGUCCUCAGACCAUUGUAUACUGGUGACUGUCCUGCCCCGAAUUCUUUACCACCCAGAAGAAGAGAUGUAUGUACACUGGGGCAGAACUAAUAGAGAAAAAAGGGAACCACUCACUAUAGCCCUUACUCUAGCUACUCUGGUUGGCUUAACAGGGACCGGUCUAGGAAUAGCUUCUUUAACAGUACAGAAUCAAGGCAUGCAUUCCCUGAGGGCAGCUAUAGACGUAGACCUUGAAAGGAUAGAAGCCUCUAUCUCAAAUUCAGAGAAAUCCCUAACCUCACUAUCGGAGGUUGUGUUACAAAACCGCCGGGGGUUAGAUCUUAUACUUCUCCAAAAAGGAGGACUGUGCGCCACUCUAAAAGAAGAAUGCUGCUUCUAUGCCAACCAUAUGGGAGUGGUCCGGGAAUCCAUGGCCAAGGUACGAGAAGGACUUGCCCUAAGAAAAAAUGAACGUGAAGCUCAGGAAGGAUUGUUCAAGUCUUGGUUUAAUAGCUCCCCAUGGUUAACUACUUUGAUAUCUACUCUCUUAGGACCCUUCAUAGUCCUUAUAAUUAUAUUAACUUUUGGUCCCUGUAUUAUAAAUAAUUAUGGUUGUGGUAAAAUGCCAAGAAGGAUCAGAGAGGCACCCAUAGGAAAGUGCUCUUACAAUGAACAGUGA